AUGGUGAUAACCUCAACUUUAGAGCCUCACUCAACAUAUAGCCAACACCACAAACCAAACCCUGAAUUUACCUUCCCCACACUUAUAUCAAACCCUGAUCCUUCCGUUCGGAUCAGAUCAUACGGCGCACACUCCGCCAAGAAUCGACAGCAGACAAAGUCAUCAACGGGCACGGGUCAAUUCCAGAAGACCCUUGGCAAGCCACUACAGACACGAAAACCAUCUCAUACCCCUGAUGCCAUGUCCAAGAUUAGUCGUGACUCCGCAAGAGAACUUUGGGAUCUGACUCGGACGAAUGGAAGUGUAUCUUCAAGUACGGCCGUCAAGAUCCGGAGCCAUGCAGGGACCAACGUUGGAAGGCGACGACUUGUUGCCACGAGUGUCGACGGGUUCAACCGUUAUAUUUAA